ACAAUUCCACCAAGCACACUGAAGCUGAACUAUGAAAGCAUCAACAAUAACGCUACCCUGCAUCGAAAUCCGCGUCACUAUGACUACUGCGUGAAGGAUGAAGUGUCUCUGGCUAAGUUGUUUAUGAAACCUUUCAUGGCGCAUUUCAACGCAUUUGACAGUUCCUUUGACACAUCCGCCGUCCUAGCCGUUCUUUGCGAAGCUUUGCCAUUCGCUGCCGUGAAACCGUUUGCCGAGGAUGUGAGAUCUAAAGUACGCAAUGAAUGGGCUCAUUGCGACUUCGCAGAAUGGACCGAAGCGCAUUACGAUAAUUGCUUCCACCUAAUGGAGGCUCUUAUCACAAACCUGGCAUUUGUCCCCAGCGAUGAAACAAGAAUUCUUGGUGAGCUCCAAUUGUGGAGGAAACAAGGACUAGAGAUUUGCCUUGGUAAACCACUAGAUGACACUCUUCUUAACCUCGUACACAAUGAAAUACAAAGACUUUAUCAUUCGAUAGAUGUUUACAGGGAAAGGGAAGUUAAAGAUGUAGAAAAUGUGUGCUCUACUCUGGCGUCAUUGAAGUCUGAGUUUCACAGGUCCAUAGUCUCCCUCGAAAAGGAGCAGUCUAGUCUGCAGAAAACUUGCGAAGACCUUAAGCUCUGGCAAGAUGUAAUUCAGGAAGAAAUAGCUGUGAAGGUCAAGGAACAGAAAGAAAUUCUUAGGACAUCGGAAUUACACUUGCAAAGGCGACAGGAACAAGUGGAGAGCCUCUGCAAAACAAUGGAGGUCAAAAGGGCAGAUAUGCAAAGGGAUCUGGAUGUACUUAGGACUAAGGUGGCGAGUUUAUCAUGUUCAGAAGAUACCAAAAAAGUUAUCUUUGACGCCCCGGAAGAAAGCAAAUGGUUUACGGGACGAGAAAAAGAGGUCGAUAUCCUGGAAAGAUAUUUUCUAUUCGGGAGUGGCGGGGGAUUAAAGAUGGCAGCCAUUUGCGGCCUUGGUGGAUGUGGAAAGACCACCUUAGCAGCUCACUUUGCCUGGAAACACAAACCAGAAUACGAUGGAGGCGUAUUUUGGAUUUCCAUGGAGGAUGAUAGAAAGUUCGAAAACUCCAUGAAUGAUCUGGCAUUACGUUUGGGAAUGCUUGCAGAUUCCUUUGAUUUAACGCUGUCUAAGGUGCUAGAGUGCCUUUCCCAGCGAAAGAAGCCCUGGUUAUUAGUUCUUGACGAUGUCGACCAGUCAAGCCUCUCUGAUCAAAUGCGCAAAGUUUUAUCAGGUCGUUGGAAAAGACAGGCAAAUGGACAGCUAUUGCUAACGACAAGACGUGAACCUAGGGAAGUGUGUGAUUUAUUGGACAUUGAGCCUUGCUGCUGUGUUGAAAUGCUUUCUUUCUCCCAAGACGAGGCAAAAACAUUUCUUGUCAACCGAAGUGGCAUUGACAAUGCUACAGGAGAGAAAGAAGCUUUAAAUGCGCUGGUGCACGAGCUUGGCUGUUUACCCCUUGCUUUAGAGCAGGCUGGUGCCCACAUGAAAGCUCUUCAGUGUUCCAUGAGUAAGUAUCUUGAGGGGUACAAAAGUCAGCGAUUAAAGUUACUGAGCCAGCAUCCUGCAAAGCCAUCAUGGGAAUACGAGUCCCAAAUCCGUCUGGCGGUUCAUACUACGUGGCUUAUGAACUUUGAGUAUGUAAAGAAUUCACCCCAUGGAGAAGUCGCAUCUUCUUUUGUGCAAGCUUCUGCUUUCCUGGCACCUCAUGAAAUUCAAGACGAGCUAAUCAACCUCGAAUUGCUCUCCGUGGAGAAUACAUCUGGCCAAAGUAUCAACCCUCCUCUCAUGAAAAUGCAAAUCAUGGAAAUUUUAACCAAGUUUUCACUUUUUCAGAGAAAGAGCGCCAAUUCCCUUUCUUUGCACCGCCUAGUCCAGGAAGUCGUUCGAAAUAGAAUGAACAGUGAAGAAAAUGCCGUGUCAUUGCUUAGAGCGAUUCGACUUCUUCAUCGCUCUUUUCAUGAUUGUCCAUCGCCAGACGAAAUCCUCACAGAUGUCGUCGAUAGUGUGCACGAACGGGCAUCUGCUUCAGUGGCUGAUCCUUCUCGGUUCUACUUGUGGUCCAAGUUAACCAGUCAUGCUUCAGAGUUACAGCAUCAUCUCAAGUCCUUACUAGAUAAACAAGACAUUGAAAGAGGAGUUAAAAUACUGGUUUUAACAAACGAGGCAUCCCGUGUUGUUUACGAAAACGCUGUUAAAUUAGGCGUCCAUGGUCAUCAAGAAGAAGCCAAGGAAGCAGAAAGAUUUGCCUUUCAAAUUUUGGAUUCGGGCACAAGUCAGUGCACUGCCCUUUCGCUCGACCAGCUGAGAAAGCAGUUUCCUCAUACUCUCCCUCUUUCUCAGGUACUGCAGAAAAUUAUCUUGUACUCAUCUCAACCUCCAGUUGACAAGCAGAAACCUUCAACUUUUGAAGAUCAGCAGAUUGCUAACAUAGAUGAACUCCGUUUACAAGGAAACGCGUUCUUCAAGAAAGAAUGUUUCAAAGAAGCAAUCGAUAGUUACACUAAAGCAAUGGAACUAAGCAACGGAACAAACACCCCAGAUCCACGUUUACUUAACAACAGAGCAACCACCUACCUCAAGCUAGGUAAUUUUGACAAAUGUCUUCAGGACUCUGAAGAUUAUAUCAAAAUUAUGCCCAGUUGCUGGAAAGGAUACACAAGGAAAGCUGUGGCUCUUAAUAGACUUGGAAGGAAGCAACCUGCUUUAUCCACUGCAGCCAUUGCGUUUUACACUGAUGUUAGUUGUUGUCGUCGUUAUAAGACUUUCAACGAUGAGUUCAAAGAUCUGGAUGGAAACUGGGAAGUUAUCGACUCAGAAACACUGAGAGAUGUGCUAGGACAAAAUGUCCAUCCCAGUAUAACGAGGAAAGUUUUAUUGGUGCAAAAUGGUCAGUACGAGAUUGAUUAUGUCGAGUUUUCCGAUCUCAAUAUAGUUGCAGUAGAAAGUGUUCCAGCCGUUACGAUAAGAAGUGAAUCUCUUAAACUCCACAAUAGUUGUUUUUUUCAAAACAUCAACUUUGAAAUGAAGCAAAGCAUUCUGGUCGAGAGUGAGGCAAACGUAGAAUUUGAACGCUGCAAAUUUCAUUGUAGCUCAGUUGACGAGCCAGCAGUCUCAGUUCAGGGAACGGCAAAAUUCCUUGAAUGCAAAGUAAGUAACAGCAGAGGUGGUGGGAUAAAAGUGCAAGGAUAUUGGUCUUUGGCUUCCUUAACGAAAUGUCACGUUUGGGGAAACGGAAACAAACCACUCCACUCGUCUGGAAUUAGCGCAUUAAAUGGGGGAAAUCUAAUGGUUCACGAAUGCCACGCUUAUGGAAAUACUGAAGGAAUUCACAUUGGUAAUCCCUUUGGGAACUUGCCCGAAGUGGUAACAAUAAGUGAUUCCAAAAUUUACGACAACAAAUACGAAGGUCUUAUUGUGGCCGGAAAUUCAAAUACCCUUUCAAAUGUGACAAUAAAAAGAAAUAAAAUUUACCACAACGGAGGAUAUGGUUUUCGUGUGUCCUUCCUUAACGAUAGACGUUCGUUACUAAUUUUCCAGGAAAACACAGUAUUUGAAAAUUUCUGGUGGGGAAUCUGGGUACAAUGCAAUUCUGGCGGUUACUACAAAUUGAACAAGAUUUGUAACAACAAGAUGGGUGGUGUAAGGGUUGGCAAACGAAGUCCAGGAAUGCCGGCCUGCGUGGUAGAAAACAAUGUUAUUCAUGAUAACUGUGGGCCAGCUAUUCACGAAGGGCUACGACACUUUGAACAUUAUUCUUAUCCUAAGGAAUUUCAGAAGGAAUUCAUGAAGCAACUUGAAGAAAGGAGAAUGGCGCUAUUAAGAAAGGCUCCGAUUGUGUACUUGGACCGAGAGGUUUUCCUACCCAACACGGUGUCAGCAAAGUUUAUGUCCAAUCAGUGUUUUCAAAAUGAGAAUGGGAUGACCAAAUUACAGACGGAAGCCUUGCCAAUGAACUGUGCUUUUUGCUUUCGAAGUGGGUGCCAAUUGAAAUGUUGUGCGCGCUGCAUGACAACAAGGUAUUGCGGGAAGGAAUGCCAAAGAAUGCACUGGGGAAGGCAUAAGUACCUCUGUCAAGCCAAAGGUCAAAUAUGCACCGUCGAAGUUUCCAUUCCUGUUUGUUCUUAUGGCAAGAGCGGAGUAGCGCAUUCUUCAACGAAUCCAGGUUUGGAGCCAACGGGCCCAAACUAUGCAUCCCCUCCACCAAGAAACGGAAGUCGUUUUAUUGUGAAAUUGCAAACGUCGGAAGGAUUGCUGAACGGUGAAAGUCUUGAUUAUAGAGGAUAUGUAAGUGAUGAAUAUGACUCAAACAAGGCUUCUAUUACUAUUUAUGAUCGAAGCCGCCACGUUGACUUUAUUAUUGCUGGUCAGCCACGUCUUUAUCAUUUGAUCAUGGAAUGUGGAAUGAUGGGCUCCAGCAUGUACCUCGCCAAGAAACUGUUUUGCUGGGCGGCGUUUAAAGAUGGCAGAACUAUUCGGAUAUUCACUCACGAGUUUCCACCGGUACAAAAAUGGUGAGGUGUCAUUCACUGCGCACUACAUGUAAUUAUACAACUAUUAUCACUUAGUCGAUGGCGGUUUCUCUCGUGAAGAUAGCUACAAACCGUCAGCAAAAAAGGCGAGCCUUUGCUUUCUUGCCUUCUUCUCUUCUCCAGAGAAGAAUUGUGGUUCAGACUGCAACUAACCAUUUGCAGAAGAAAGAACUACAGUGUGACUUAUGCUUCUGAUGCUAUUCAAUGCACUUGAACUUUAAUUUAAGUAGUUCUGUUUUUUUUAAUGUAUCCACUAAGGAUGUAUAUAUAUAUUAUAAUAUCGAUUGUAAGAAAUCGAAUGUAAAACCCUAACGCCAGAGUAGUAAGAGUGGGAAGAUUAUUUCUUCACCUUUUGACGGACAGGGCAUUUCCCUGUGACCACUUUGCUUCUUAUAUCAUUUAUCUCCAGUUUGAAGGGUAAUUAUAUCAGCUAAAGAAGUUUCACCCAAUUUUGUGCAAGCAAAGGAAACUACGUUCGUGUCCAAAUUGAUGUAAACCACAUCUUAUGCUAUCUGCGAGAAUUUUUCUAUUUUAGAAAUAAAGAAAUCAAACUAGAUUUA